AUGAAUUCGACGACAACCGUCGCGGCGGCGGCGCCUGCUCUGACAACGCCCUUUGUGGUGCCGGCGAGCUGUACCGACAGUUUUGACACCACAAUCACCUACCGCACAGGCUUGAGCGGCGAUGCGACGCAUAUCACCGCGUACGCAGCGUUUCCCCAAACCACGUCCGGCUGCCAGGCGUCCGGUGCCAACCUUCACCGAGACGGCGCAACCAUUGUCCUGCGGCCGGGCGUGUGCCCCAGCGACUGGGUCGCGUACAACUUGAAAGUAGAUGGCCCGCAGUAUUAUCCAAAUCCCAGCGAUGCUGCCUCUGUCACCUUUGACGCCGUCUGUUGUUCGAGCGGUUUCUCUAUGACAGAAACGUACUAUAGCAUACCCAACUUUGGGCCGGCCUGUACGAAGCUCGUCUCCAAGACACAGGCCGCCACGUCUGGGCUGACGACCACGACACUCAUCGUGAGCGCUCACGCCGCGUGGCAAAUUGAGUGGAUGGCCAAAGAUGCUCCGACUCUGACACCCCAGCCGCCGUCUAUGGAUCUCUGCUACGACGUGCAAAUACCUACGUGGACUCCCGGCUCAGAGGCCACAGGUCGCAAGAAAUGCAGAAGCUUGCAGGACUCGCCGGACAAGCACCAGUACGAUGGGCUGGUGUACAUUGCCAUUGUGCUACCGACUGUAAUCGGGUUUCUGCUCAUUACGGGCUGUAUAUGCUGCUGCGUGUGCUACCGAAGAAAGAAGAAUAGACAAAGGAGGGAGGCAGAACGGCCGGCUGAGUUGCCAGGCGACGAGGCGUCGUCGCUGGAGCUGUACAAAUAUACCACAUAA